AUGNAUAUAGAAAACUAAUCAUUUUUUAUAAUUUUUAAUACCUAACUUUUUUUAAUUUUCAAUACCAACCCCACCCAAAACAAAGUUACCAAUCAUGAAAAAAAUUAUCAAUAAAGAGAAGAUUUCUCCAAGCUCCUUCACUACAAGUUGUAUAAUUCAUUGCUGACCACCAUCUUGGUCCUUCUCCUAAGUAAGGUAACAAGUAUGAAUUAAACAUAAUACAUAAAAUAUAGCAAGGCCAUAUUCUUAAUAAUCUAUGCAAUAUAACUAAGAAUAUUGAUAUUGGAUUCUUUGCCAAUGCCUUAGCUCUUUUUGUUUCACACAUAACAAAUGCCAUAAAAAAUCCACCAAGCCAAAAAAAUACAUCUACUGAAUAUAACAUGUCCACUGUAAUUAUGGCUCUUUAAGAUUAUAAAGCUUAUAAUAAUUCCAUUUAAUAUGUAGAUUAAAUUAUUAAUAAUGCUGAAUGUCCAUAAACAACCAUCAUAAAUGCAAUAGAUCUAACUCCAUUAAAAAUAGCCAAAUUUGGAUCAAUUGUUUUAAGAUCAAUCAAUUUAUUAUAAUUUUCAAUUAAAGAAAAAUCAGCAAUAAUUCCUUUUGGUUUUUUUGUUUAAGAAUUAGUUAAUGAAUCUAGUAAUCUUUUAUAAGGAUCCAUUAAUCCUAAACAAAAAAGAAUAAAAAUGA